AUGGUUAUAGAUUCAAGUCUCUUUCUCACAAAGCCGGGAGUCAAGCCUGUGCUCGCGAUUGAUUGUGACGACGUUCUGCUCAAAACCGUCGAGGGACUUUGCCAGUUUCACAAUGAGCAUUAUGCAACUAGUCUCGUGCCAGCGGAUUUUUCUUCCUACAACUAUUGGGAGGUCUGGGGAGGCAACCGUGAAGGCGCCACGGCCAAAGUUCGCCAAUGGUACCAACUCGCCUCUUUUGCAAAUCUCGAUCCAGUGCCUGGCGCACUAGAAGCUUUACAGAGGCUGAAAGAGUUCUAUGAUCUGGUGGUGGUUACCUCGAGACAAGAUUUCAUAAGAGCUGCAACAAUAGCAAACAUACAAAAGCAUUAUCCGGGCAUAUUUGAUGAUGAGCACAUUCACUUUGCCAAUCAUUGGAUACACCCGACAGACCAUGUGCACUAUCAAGGCUUGGUUUCAAAAUCCAAAGCAGAGUUGUGUGAUGAGGCAUCUGCUGUUUUAUUAGUUGACGACAAUCUCGACUAUGCAAAAGAUGUAUCUAACCACGGUCUCUACGCAAUUUUGUUUGACUUGGAAGGAUCGUAUAACUGGAAUAAGUGUCCAGACUCGGAACUGCCACCAAAAACCGUGAGGAAGACAAGCUGGGCAGACAUUGUUGAUAUUCUAAUUCCUAUUUCUUCCAGCAAUCCUAUAUAG